AUCUCACCAAAAGCAUUUAGUUUACUCCUUAUCUCUUUCACCCUCUUAAGUGAUCAUCUUCUUCUUCCUCCUCCUUUCAACUAUUCCUAGCUGACUCACUGCAAAAGAAAAUGGCCGCUGUUGAGGUUGUGUCGGCAAAAACUGCUCUGCCAGCUGAGGAAUCUACUGAGAAGAAGACGAGCGAAGAGAAUAUUCCAACACCUGCAGCAAAUCCUGAGCCUGCGUCUCAGGAAUCACAACAGGAGGAAAAACCGGCAAUUUCACGAGAAGAAGUCAAGGUUGUUGAAACAGUGACAGAAGAGGCUGCACGUGAGAAGACAGAUGAAGAGACCAAGAAGGAAGAAGACGAGACUACUGCAGCAGUAGUUGCAGAAGAAACCAGCAAAGAAAAUACUGAAGUAGUUGCAGGUGUUGAGGCACCAAAGACUGAAGAAGAAAGAACCAAGACUCCUGAAGAUCAUAAAGAGGUCAAGAAAGAAGAGGAAGUUGAGGAAGACAAAGCUGAGAAGAAGAAGGAGGAAGAGGAGAAUCUAGAGAAGCCAGAAGCCUCAGCUGAAAAGAGCCAAGAAGAGAAGGAAGAGGCAAAGAGUGAAGAGAAGGAAGAAAAGAAAGAAGAAUCAGAAACUGAAGAGAAGAAAAGGGAUGAACAAGGCACAGAAGCUGAAAUUACUACUGCAGCUGAAAAGACUGAAUGAGAGCAUGCAUGGGACCCACACUCAAAUGGAUUCUAUAGUACUGUUCUAUCUUUUUAAUAAUAAUCUCUAUUACCUAUUUUGUGAGUUUAUGUUUUAGAGGGUUUCUUGUGUUUGGUUGUGUUUUUGUGAUGUUGCAUGUCAAUUAAGUUGCUGUGUUGUGUUUUGUAGUCUUCGUACGGAGUCAGUCACCCACAUGGCAAUGCAUGAAUCUGUGUGGGAUCAAAUAAUAUAGACACUUAGCAUGUGGUGUAAUAAUUUGUUAGUGUUUGUUGGCUACCAAGUGUCUCUUCUAUUAUCUUACCCUUUCGUUU